GGGAAUUUCCUUAAGUUUCUGCGUUUGAUGGUAAGAGGUAGUGAUGUCUGUGGGUGAUACUACGGGGAAGGGCUGGGAAGACACGUCACUGGUUUUGUGGGAAUCACAGGCUUGGAAGAGGCAGAAGCCAGGAAUUCCAGAAAGAAAUUGGAAAUUGAAGAUUUAAGGAGAGAAUGUUGUUUUUAAAUAUUCUCACUUUCUUCAAAGAACACAUGACAAAAACUUAAAAAGGGUUUGCACUGAGAGGCUGGCCGUGGAUCCUGAUUGCCUUUCUGCCAGGAAGGCACAUGCAGCCAAAAAUGAAUUUGGGAAAAGCAGCCACUUGCUCCUGUAACCAUGGAAAAGCAGGGCCGCAGUGAGAUGGAAAUAAUCCGGUCAGAGUCGCACUCCUACAUCAAAUUGUUGAAAGUCAGCCGGGAGCAUCUGGUCACUCACGUCCGCAACACUCAGUGUCUUCUGGACAACUUGCUGCAGAAUGAGUAUUUCUCCACCGAAGACGUGGAGAUCGUGUGUGCCUGCCCCACGCAGCCCGACAAGGUCCGCAGAAUUCUGGACCUGGUGCAGAGCAAGGGCGAGGAGGUGUCCGAGUUCUUCCUCUAUGUGCUACAGCGACUCACAGACGCUUACGUGGACCUCAGGCCUUGGCUGUCGGAGAUCAGCUUCUCCCCUUCCCAGCUCAUUCAGAGCAAAGCUGUUGUCAACACCGAUCCAGUGAGCAGAUACAGCCAGAAGCUGCGACAGCAACUGGGCCGCGACGCCAAGUUCAUCCUGUGCUACGCCCAGAAGGAGGAGCUGCUGCUGGAGGAGAUGUACACGGACACCAUCGUGGAGCUGGUCAACUUCGGCAACGAGAGCCUGGGCAGCCUGGGCAGCCUGGCCUGCCUCCUGGACCCCUCCACAGGCGUCCUCAACGAGCAGGGCGAGACCAUCUUCAUCUUCGGCGACGCGGGCGUGGGCAAGUCCAUGCUGCUGCAGCGGCUGCAGAGCCUCUGGGCCGCGGGCCAGCUGGACGCUGAGCUCAGGUUCUUCUUCCACUUCCGCUGCCGCACCUUCAGCUGCUUCAAGGAGAGCGCCUCGCUGUGCCUGCGGGACCUGCUCUUCAAGCACUACUGCUACCCGGAGCAGGACCCCGAGGAGGUGUUCGCCUUCCUGCUGCGCUUCCCGCACAUGGCCCUCUUCACCUUCGACGGCCUGGACGAGCUUCACUCGGACUUCGACCUGAGCGGCGAGCCCGACACCUCCUCCCCCUGGGAGCCCGCCCACCCCCUGGUCCUGCUGGCCAGCCUGCUCAGCGGGAAGCUGCUCAAGGGGGCGCGCAAGCUGCUCACGGCCCGCACGGGCGUCGAGAUCCCGCGGCAUCUGCUCUGGAAGAAGGUGCUCCUGCGCGGCUUCUCCCCCAGCCACCUGCGCGCCUACGCUGCGAGGAUGUUCCCCGAGCGCGCCGUGCGCCAGCGCCUGCUGGAACAGCUGGAAGCCAACGCCAACCUCUUCAGCCUGUGCGCCGUGCCCCUCUUCUGCUGGAUCAUCUUCCGGUGCUUCCAGCACUUCUACGACUCCUUCGACGGCUUCCUGCAGCUGCCCAACCGCACGGUGACGCUGACCGACGUUUUCCUGCUGGUCACCGAGGUCCACCUGAACAGGACGCAGCCCACCAGCCUGGUGCAGCGGAACACGCGGAGCCAGACGGAGACCUUCCGCGCCGGCCGGGGCACCCUGCGCUCGCUGGGCCAGGUGGCUCACCGGGGCAUGGAGAAGAGCUUCUUUGUCUUCAGCCAGGAGGACGUGCAGGCGUCCGAGGUGCAGGAGGGGGACUUGCAGCUGGGUUUCCUGCGGGCUGUGCCGGAGCUGGGCCUCGGAGGGGACCAGCAGUCCUAUGAGUUUUUCCACCUCACCCUCCAGGCCUUCUUUGCUGCCUUUUUUCUGGUGGUGGACGACAAGGUGGGCACUCGGGAGCUGCUUUGCUUCUUCCAUGAGUGGGCUCCUCACGGGGACGCAGCAGCUGCGUCCUGCUAUCCCCGCUUCCUACCCAUCCGGUGCCUGGGGGGCCGCGGCCUGGCCGGGGAAGACCCCUUUAAGAACAAGGAUCACUUUCAUUUCACCAACCUCUUCCUGUGCGGGCUGCUGUCCAAAGACAAACAGAAACUCCUGCGGCACCUGGUGCCUGCCGCCACCCUGCGGAGAAAGCGCAGGGCCCUGUGGGCUUACCUGUUCGCCAGCCUGCGCUCCCACCUGAAGCACCUGCCCCGAGUUCGGUCUGGGAACUUCAGCCAGGUGCAGGCCAUGCCCACCUUCAUCUGGAUGCUGCGCUGCAUCUAUGAGACGCAGAGCGAGAAGGUGGGGCAGCUGGCGGCCAGGGGCAUCUGCGCCAACUACCUCAAGCUGACCUUCUGCAACGCCUGCUCGGCCGACUGCAGCGCCCUCUCCUUCGUCCUGUACCACUUUCCCAAGCGGCUCGCACUCGACCUGGACAACAACAAUCUCAACGACUAUGGUGUGCGGGAACUGCAGCCCUGCUUCAGCCGCCUCACCGUCAUCAGACUCAGUGUGAACCAGAUCACCGACAGUGGGGUGAAGGUGCUAUGUGAAGAGCUGACCAAAUACAAAAUUCUGACAUUUUUAGGCUUAUACAACAACCAAAUCACCGACGUCGGAGCCAGGUACAUCGCCAGAAUCCUGGAUGAGUGCACAGGCCUCACGCACCUGAAACUGGGAAAAAACAAAAUAACAAGCGAAGGAGGAAAGUGUCUCGCCCUGGCUGUGAAGAACAGCAAAUCCAUCUUUGAAGUUGGGAUGUGGGGCAAUCAAAUCGGUGAUGAAGGAGCAAGGGCCUUCGCUGAGGCUCUGAGGAACCACCCAAGCUUGACUAACUUGAGUCUUGCAUUCAAUGGCAUUUCUACAGAAGGAGGAAAGAGCCUCGCGUGGGCCCUGCAGCAGAAUGCGUCUCUGAGAAUAUUCUGGCUCACCAAAAAUGAACUUGACGAUGAAGUGGCAGAGAGCUUGGCAGAGAUGUUGAAAGUCAACCAGACGUUGAAACAUUUAUGGCUUAUCCAGAACCAGAUUACAGCUAAGGGGAUUGCCCAGUUGGCAGAUGCAUUACAGAAGAACAGUGGCAUAAUGGAGAUUUGCUUAAAUGGAAACUUGAUAAAGCCAGAGGAGGCCAAAGUCUUUGAAGGCGAGAAGCGGAUUGUCUGUUUCUGAG